UCGUUAAUUAAUUUUAUGUUUACAUUAGUACAUAGUAUUUUUUGUAUUCUUUAUGUUACACAAAUCAGUCUUUUGAUGUGCUGGAUUUGUACGGUUACACAGCAAGAAUCCGAGAAAACAAUAAUAAUCACUACGUAUUUGCACUGAAUUGCAAAAACCUGGACCGACGUUAUAUGUUAGAAAUAAGAUCAAAAAUCUUUCAAAUAAAUUACAACAGCAUUAAAUAGUAUUUACAGCCCCCAACUUCUUUGAAAUAAACAAUACUUUUUUCAGUGAUAUGAGUCCUCAUAUUACUGAAAAGAAUACAUUCAAGAAUUCAAUAUCAAAUUUUUUAUUAUAGUUUAUAGAGAACUUUUCUCUAAUUGUGAUGCAAGUAAUACAUUUAAAAAAAUUAAAUAACGUAAAUUUAUUUUUUAAUUAAUGUAUUACUUCCAUUUAUUACAGCACACAUAUUUACUUAAGAUUAAAAAUUAAUUUAUUUUUUUAAUUUUCCUAAUUGUUUCGAAUUAUUAGAUAUUAACUGUCUUUCUUUUUGUACAAGUUUAUUUGUAGAUACUAAGCUUAAUUAAUAAUUUUUUAAAUGCAUUCAGUUUAUUAAAAUGGCAUUGCUGGCAUGCAAUCUAAUGUUAUAAAAUUGCCGAAGUAAUACGUUGCUUUCUAUUCUGUGUGAUACACCAAGGAGCAUUUACAACUCACUUGUUGGAGUAUUUUGUGCGUUUUUAGAAAGCUUUACUAUUUUUCUUCAAAAUAUUCUGUAUCGCAAACGUCAAUAUAAUUAAUACCUAUACUUACUUGUGAAACCGCCGAUUAACAACAAGAGCCGAAAAUGGAGGAUAUCCACAUCCAAACACAAGACAACUUGCCUUCGAUAGAGCACAUCUUACGUCCACUAACAUAUACCUCCUGGCUUCUGGGUGCCGGUGUUGCACAUCCGCGCAAAUAUCCCAAGAUUGUCACGAUAAUACCAUGUAUUAUUUAUUUGGGCCUGUGUUUUACAGUCAUGAUGGUCAACUACAUAUUGUUCUUUAACAUGUAUAACCUUUUCAAAAACAUAUACACUGUUUUAUCCUUUGUUCAAUUGAUGAUGAGUUAUGUAUUUACGUAUUAUUGCAAUUAUCAAGUGAUUGGGCAAUAUGAUAAGUGGCCGGAGCUAAUGGAUAAAAUAAAAGAGUUAGAUCAGAAGAUUAGAAGGGAAAUACCUAUAAAUGACGGGCCAGUAAAAAUCGCGGAAGCGCUAGCGAUUCUAGCGACGUUUUCUUGUUUUCCUUUGUGCAUAAUUGUGGACAUUUUGUAUUAUCAUUUUACAUAUCCAAAUCUGGUCCAAGUUUAUUUUAUACUUGCUUAUUACAAGUUAGGCCAAUCCUUCAUCAACAGCUUCGUUUUUGACGUUGUUGUUUAUGCACUGUAUUAUAGAUUACAAGCGAUAAAUAAAUUGAUUGGCCAAUUGAAUGAGUUCUCUGACGCGCUUAAGAUUAGACGCAUCCGAAAAAUGCAUAAUCGUAUUUGUGAUCUUUUCAUCAUGGUAAAUGACAUUUAUAGUGUUAAUCUUCUUCUAUGUUCGGUGAACUGUUUCACUACGAUUCUAGCAGCCCUAUCCGGAAUCUACGUGGGAAUUUGGGUAAAACAGUACCACUUUAUGUGGAUACAUAUUACUUUUUUGAUCCUGUACACUAUGCAAUUUGGUUUAAUGUGCUGGAAUUGUGCGUUUGCGUGUCAAGAAUAUGACAAGACUGAAAUAAUUAUAUACGACAUUAUGCUGAAUUUCAAACAUAUGAAUCUUGAAUUAAAAGGGAAGAGGAGUCAAUCGAAUCUAGAAAUGCGAACAUUAAUAGAAAGUCCACACAGCUUGCAAAAUACUGUUUGGAACAGCAGUCACUAUUGGAACAACAUUGUCGCAGAAAAUUUGCAACAUGCAGAAAAUCUACGCGAAAACUUGAAUUGUAAGCGUAAUAGAAAUGAGAUAAAUGAUUUUUUGAUUCAAUUACAACAUCGUCGAAUAGUAUUUACAGCCUGUGAUUUCUUUGAAAUAAACUUUGUAGCGUUUGGUGGUGUGAGUAUAUUGUUUAUUUAUUUUACAUCAAUUUACAUAAAAUUAACUACUUUUGAAUUGCAAUUUAAAUAAUAGCUAUUAUGCAAAUCAAUUAAUUGAAUUAAACUUAUUUUUCAGUUUAUUGGCAUAAUCAUCGGUUAUAUGAUAGUUUGUAUUCCAUUUUUUGAAAGAUGGUUACCUAAAUAAUAACGCAUUGUAACUCUUUGUUACAAGGGAGAUAUAGCGAUCUAUAGCUAAUGUGUUGUAAUGUUUGCAAUUUAAUCAAAAUCGCAAAUGUAGUAUGUCCUUUUAUUUUUACACAUAAUAUAAAGAAGAAUUCAUGACGCGGGCCUGUCGAAAUGUCUCACUUUUAGAAAACUUUACUAUCAUUUUUUAAAUAUUUAUUUUUGUGGGAAAUUUAUAUAAUAGCGUUCAUAUUCGUUUGCAAAAUGAGGUCGAUUAGAAAGGAGUCAAUAAAAAACAAUUCGUCAUUGCUAGAGAAUAUGUUACAAUCAAUGUUAUAUACUUACUGGACAGAGAUUGCACACUCACGAAAAUGUUCUAAGGCUCUAAUGAUAAUCAUAUAUUUACAUUUAGAAUAUAAUAAAACACACACUUUAUAAUAACACACAUACACAAUACACUAAUUAAUGAGUAUUUCUUUCUUAAUUACUAAGAAAUAAUACAAAUUAAAGUUCAAAAUUAAUCAGAAAUAAUCUAUAGUAACAUAAGUUAAAAACAUAUUAUGUACUCAUAAAUUUUGCAAAAGAAUUACCUAAGAAUAAAAAUUUUUCUAAAAAUUUUAUUCAAAAUUUUAGAUUAAAAAAUUUUUAAUGCAGCUUUGAAAAUUAU